GGGCCGAGCGGCGCGGGAGCGUGCGCCGGCACCCCCGUGCGCUUCGCUGGAGCGGCUUCCGUGCUGGCGCUGAUGCGGCGCGCGUUUUCCGACCAGGUGGCCAUCGUGCGGCUUUUCCUGAGGGACGACCGCCUGCGCGCGCCCGCGCUGGCGAUCUGGGCGGCGUCCUUCGGGGGGGCGAUGCACGACCGAUCACCGCGUUUUUCACGAUGCAGCUGGGCGCCACUGUCGCCCAGAUGGGCACGUUCGGCGUGAUCCGGUCGACGGGGACCUGGAUUCUGGGGCCUGUGUACGGCUGGCUGGUGGACAGGUACACUGCCUUCCUGCCGACGAUCCUUUCUUCGUUCUUUUGUGCGCUGGGCUGCACGCUCCGGGGAUUUACGCCCGUGGGCAGGAUCGACCUACUCUAUGCUUCCUCGUUCAUCCUGGGCCUCGGCGCGGCGAACUUCUGGAACGUGGUCGGGACGCACCUCGCCUGUGCCACGGACAGGGAGCUCCGCCCUCUCGUCGUCAGCGCCUUCUUCGUCCAGGUGAACGUGCUGGAGCUCCUGGGGAAGCUGUCGUACCCGCCGUGGGACGCCCUGCUCCGCUCCACCUGGCCCGGGGAGGACCAGCUCCUGCGCUUCCGCGUGAGCAUGAGUGUCUGCAGCUUCUUCUGUAUAUUUGGUGUCUUCAACCUCCUGCUGAAUGGCCACGCCAUGAGGACGGUGACGGGCGAGCAGGCCGAGGCAGCGGAGCUCGGGCCAGACUCACAGAGCGCCGCGGAGGCCGCGCAGACCGAGGACGCCAAGGUGGUGGCGGCGGAGGUUCACCGCCGACACCCUUCGGUCGCUCACAUUGAGAGCCCGGGCCACGCGCUUGGCAUCGGGGAGGUCAUGACCCUCAUCGCGGUCACGGGGGUGCUGCUGCUGCAGUCCGCAGGGCUGAUCGCCGUCAAGACGCUGUGGCCGCUCUACGUGAGGCGGCAGUUCGCCUGGGAGGACCACGAGUACGCCUGGCUCAGCCUCGCGGGCUCGCUCGCCGCAAUCCUCGGGGCCUGCGCGAUGCCGGCCUUCGCACAGCGCGUCGGGCCCCCCGCGGUGGCGACGGUGCUCUGCGCCGCGGCCUCGCUCGGGGCCGUGCUGGGCUUCCCCUCGCGGGCGGCCCGGGCGCCGCACCUGGCGGGGUCCCUGCUGUUCCUGGCGAGCACUGCGGCGCUGCGGCCCUGCCUCGAGGCGCUGGCCUCGCUGGGCGUGCCGGCCCGGCUGCAGGGCCGCCUCUUCUCCGCGCUGAAGCUGGCCGACGCCGCGGGGCAGAUGCUCGGGAACUGGGCCGGGACGCGGCUCUACGACCUGAGCGUGGCGGAGGGCGAAGGGCUGCCCCAGGCGGGCUGGGCGGGCGGCCUGUGGCCGUGGGGGCUGGGCGGCGGGUCCCUGCCGUUCCUGGCCGUGGGCGCGGCGCUCUUCCUCUCGACCUCGGGCCUGGCGCUGGCCCUGCUGCCCGCGGGGACCGGCUGCGCCGCCGAGGAGAAGGCCGUGGCGGACGCCGUGGCCACCGAGGAGAGCACGGGGCACAGGGCUGGGCAGGCGCAGGAGCAGGAGCAGGAGCUGGCCAACCUGCUCCACCAGAGGGCGCGGGCGACGCGGAGCAACCUCGCCGAGUGA